GCACUGUACCACCACUACGGAAUUCUGUAGCCAGAUGAGAACGCUCGGAGAGCUCACUUUCGUAUCAGGUAGAUCCAUCAGUAGGUGGCGUCAAGAAAGUCGCUUAUUCUCAUCAGGCGUACUUGGAAGAAUCCGUUGUAUACAUAUCUUGAUCUCCCUCUUCACCGCUAUAGUCGUAUCCUCUCAAUUCCUUCCUUCCUGAAGAUGGUCUACGCAUACAUUAAUUACGCUGAGCAACUUGCUCCUCGAGGAUAUGGUUACCCCAUGUGGUUUCCCGAUUUUCCCAUACACAAUAACGAGAUCCUAAUGGGAGAUGUAGGAUGGUUCGAUGAGGGCAAGUUUCAUCGUUUGUUCAACGCGCUGAAGCCUGCAGACGAUCCUCUCAAUGCGAAAUUUGGAGUUCCUACUGGAUUUGUACCACUCCGUUGGGAUGAGCGAAUGGUAGAUCGCACUGAGAACUUCUUGCCACCGGGGAUACAUGCCACCUCGAGCGUUCGCCAUAAUGCUGCUGAAGGCAACGUCCAAGCGCUUGCCACCGGUCAAGCGUCUGUAUCCAUAACAUGCUCCAGAGAACAAGGCGCUGCGUUGUUUAUGGUAGAGAAAGGCGAGCAACAGGUCCAUUGGUCGAACUUGAGGCAUCAUGAUUACAUACGACAAUAUCAUGAUUCCUGGUUCGAACUUGCCACGAGGGAAGGUAUUCAUAUAAGGAAGAAGGAGGACAUCAUUCUUGUGAGGGGCUGGGUGAAAACCGCAGAGUGGGCAGUUGCAUCCUUUUCUCAAAAAGGCAGGGCGCACGAGGCAUCGUUAAGUGCACAGUUCGCUCCCGUAGCAGGAGGCGGACUGGGGUAUUCGUAUAUUCACGCGACACAAGAUUCAGUCCAAUACAGAAUUGGUCCUGAUCAAGAACAUCGUUUAGCUCUGCCGUAUAUUCCCGGGAGUACACCUAGCAAACGACGGGAUCAAUGUGUCUUCUUGUCAUACUACAAGGUCAAAUAUCGCUACAUCCUUCCUAGGAAAAUUUUGGCUGAGGCAGAACCUGGUUCUUCUUCUGAUCCGGACGAGGACGACCCAGGUGCUUCCUUUGCAGACAUAGAAACAGUCCCUACCCCGCAAGAGGUAUUCUUCAGGUUUGCGCUUCGGGAGUCUCUUCUAACAUAUCACGAUAUUCCGCAGUUCCAUGAUAUUCUCGACGAUGUCCUUAAUUACAUUCUAAAGCGAUCUGAUGCGGACAUGGCCAUAACUAGCCAAGGUGAUCUAAACGAGUUGUUUGAUGUGAGUUCAGUACAGAUCGGCGAGCGUCUGUCUAAUACUUAUGCCUUGCAGGGGGAAGAGUGGCCGCUGUCUAUGGCCUCAUUUUUGGACAUUCACUCACCCAGAAUCGAUGUAACUCGCGGCGACAGAAAGGCUGGAUUCUUGUCAAUUUCUGACGCAAUUAUUCGAAGAAACACUGCCAACUUUGCGCAGCCUGUUCACGAAGUUAUGAAUGAUCCCGUGCAGCCUCAGACUGAAGCAAGUACUAGUGCGGGGACGGGAACCGAAGCAGUUGAAGGGGGUGACGGGGAUGAAACCGCUGAGCAUCACCGUCGAGAGCCUGCACCUAAGGUGGUACCUGAAAGCCUUCAGGGUGGAGCUCUGGUUCUUGGAAGAAAUUUGCAGGAAGGGGACUCUAUAGAAUGGCCUCAUCGCGUUCUUCUAGAGAGUGGUGCAGAAGGCGGUGCCGUCUGCUCCAUGGCUGUCUCACCCGAUGGUCGCUUUAUUGCUGCAGGCUUCGAAGACGCAAUUGUCAGGGUUUGGCUCUCCACAGGCGAUGCCCUCCUAUACAAAUUUCAAGGCCACGACGAUACUGUUUGGGCUGUUGCGUUCUCUGGAGAUGGUAACAAACUAGUGUCGGGUUCUUCUGACCAUCGAGGUGCGGUAUGGGAUCUCACCACUGGUGAGAACACUUUUAGCUUGGUGGGACACGAGGGCGAUAUAUGGACCGUCGCCGUCUCUCCAGAUGGUACAAAGGCAGCUACAGGAUCAGUCGAUAACAAGGUAAAACUUUGGAACACGGAGACCGGCAUUGACUACGCUACGUUGAGAAGACACACUGCCGUUGUUCUUUGUGUUGCCUUUUCUCCUGAUGGAAGACUUGUGGCUUCUGCAGCAGAUGCAGAUGGUUACAUCUGGGACGCAGAGACGGGUGAUAACCUCGCUACCUUGAAGGGCCACGAAGGUGUCAUCUGGGCAUUGACCUUUGCCCCCAACGGCGCACGGAUCGUAACUGGAUCUGAAGAUAACUCAGCCCGUGUGUGGAAUGUCGAGAACGGCGAUGAGCUCGUCACGAUCAGAGAGCAUACAGGUCCGAUAUGGUCCGUAUCGUUCUCGCCCGAUGGCCAAGACGUUGUGUCAGGAUCGUAUGACGCCGCUGUUUCUGUUUGCAACUCCUUCACCGGCGAACGUAAGCACUUGCUUCGAGAAAGGCCAUCCAUUGUGAAUACAGUCGCAUAUUCUGGGGACGGAGAAUAUAUCACAUCUGGGUGCGCAGAUGGCUCUGUCAAAUUGUGGGAUGCCUCCAGUGGCAACUUCGUGGCCGAAUUGCAGGGCCAUAAGGAUAAGGUGAAAAACAUAGAUUUCACUGCAGAUGGAAAAGAUAUAGUAUCCUCUUCGGAUGACGGGACUAUCAGAAUCUGGAACAUGGUAGACAUUCUUCGGCUGGCUUGAGUCAACAAAGCCUUUAUCUUUACGGAACCGAAUUGAACUGGAACUGGGCACGGAAGGUUGUGAUUACCCUUGGAUUGAGAUACCAUGUAUAUAAUAGCGGAUGAGGAACUAGGUUAUAUUAUGAUCGAGACGUUACGAUGCUAUUGCACGUUCAAUGAGGUACUUAAAAAUGUCUGAUCGCUUGUGCCAAUCUUGACGAUGAACUUGCCGGACUCUAUCACCCAUGAAUUCUUCUGAGACCAUACUGCAAGUUGUGAAGACACGACUGUCAUCGUCACAGUAGUAGAGGCACCAGCUCUG